AUGACACUCUUCCUCUCUCCCUCAGCAUGGAUCGUGCUUGCGAUUUGCCUCGUCUUCUUGCUGCUCAUAUCCAAAAUCAAGACUAGCCUGGCGCAGUCUCUUCCACCAGGUCCGAACCCUGUACCCCUCCUGGGCAAUCUCUCGAAGCCGAAAGAUUAUCGGGCUUCUUUUAAGCACUGGGCAGACCAAUACGGGAAUAUGAUGACACUCAAGAUGAUGGGUGUUCCUCUCCUGGUGUUGAACAACCGACAGGCAGCAUCAGACCUCCUGAGAAAACGGGCUGCAUCAACCUGGGGUAGACCAAACACGGUCAUGGCUCACCAGCUGUCUGGGCUGGACACCGAAGUGGCUUUCACAAGAAACUUCCACCUUCACAAAGAUUUCCGGCGCUUCUUCUCUAUCGCACUGAGCCCACGCUUGGUCGAAGGUUGCGGGGCUCAUCAGAUCCAGCAAAUGCGGCAAGUAACGAGCGAGAUACUUGCCUCUCCAGACAACUACCUCAACUCGAUCAACAGAGCAGUGUCGGCCAUUGCUCUCCGGAUCGCGUACGGGUACGAAGUCCAGGGCAAAGAUGAUCCGCUCCUCGCUCAGGUGAACAAGGCGGCGGAUCUGGUAGAGCAGAUUCUACUUCCUGGAUUCUUCUUGGUCGAUGUGCUGCCAAUACUCAGAUACCUCCCAGAGUGGCUUCCAGGGACCGGCUUCCUCCGAUUGGCAAAGCAGUAUAAAGGAGAAUACGAGGACAUCAGAGAGCGUUCUUUCCGCAUGACCGAGAAGGAUAUUGCGAAAGGGACAGCCAAAUCGUCGUUUGUCGCAACGUUGCUUGAAGACCUCAAGAGCGACAAGACCAUCUCGAAGGAACACAUCAUGUGGGGUGCAAUGUCGUUCCAUACGGCAGGAUCGGGGACGACGGUUACGGCAAUACACAACCUCCUGGCUGCGUUGGUGCUCUUUCCCCAUACCCAAGCUGCGGCACAGAUGGAACUUGAUCUCGUGAUCGGCCGCAGCCGUCCACCCCGAAUGGACGAUCGCGAAAGCCUCCCCUAUUGCUCGGCGAUGGUAGAUGAGACGCUCCGUUGGCAGCCGGUCGCCCCGUUUGCACUGCUGCAUAAAUCGGACCGCGAGGAGAGCUUUGAGGGAUGGACGCUUCCUGAGGGGUCCCUGCUCAUGGCCAACGUAUGGGCGAUGUCCCGUGACGAGCGGGAUUACCCAUCUGCAGAAACAUUCAUGCCGGAACGCUACCUCCCGUCUACAGCAUCAACUCCUAUCGCUUGGAACGCUAGUCGCGGAUCAGCCAUCCCUCUUGGCGCAGUUGGGUUUGGGUUUGGAAGACGAAGUUGUCCAGGCAAGCAGCUUGCCGAGGCAACACUCUUCGCGGCGGUUGUGACUAUGUUGUGGACACUAAAAUUUAAGCUCGCCGAGGGAGAGAAAGUGGUGUGGUUGGAGGAGUCCACCGUAAACCAGCCAAACGAAUUCCGCAUCCGGGCCACGGAGAGGUUCAAGGGUGCAGAGAAAAUCCUGCGGUCGUCCCUGAAAAAAAGCGACUCUUGUUGA